AUGUUCACAGGUCUUGUUGAAACGAUCGGGACCGUCACGGCCCUAGAGCCCCUCGACACCUCCUCAAGCGGGGGCGGGGGAACUUCACUGACGAUCUCCGACUGUGAGGAGAUUCUCACAGACGCCCACUUGGGUGACAGCAUCGCCGUGAAUGGAACCUGCCUCACGGUCACCGCGUUCGACAAGACAUGGUUCAAGGUCGGCUGUGCGCCGGAGACACUGCGACGCACGAAUCUCGGCUCCCUGACAAAGGGCUCAUACGUGAACCUCGAACGCGCCGUCUCCGCCGAUACCCGGAUGGGAGGUCACUUCGUGCAGGGCCAUGUGGAUACCGUUGCAGAGAUCUUGUCCGUCACGCCUGAUGGGAACUCAUUAGUGUUCCGGCUGCAGCCGCGGGAUCGGAGCAUCCUGCGCUAUGUUGUUGAGAAGGGAUACGUGACUCUGGAUGGUGCCAGCUUGACUGUCACUAAUGUUGUUGACGGGGAGGAUGGGUAUUGGGAAGUGAUGCUCAUCGCCUACACGCAAGAGAAGGUUGUCACGGCAUCCAAGAAGCCUGGCGAUCUUGUCAACGUCGAGAUUGACAUCGUGGGCAAGUAUGUGGAGAAGAGUGUGCAGGGUUACUUUGCUGGUGCUGGCGGAGGUGAUUUCGCUAUCCUGGAAAAGAUGGUGCACCGCAUUGUCGACGAAAAGCUUAAGAAAUAG